CAAACUGCCUUCCUCAACACUGCGCACUGUAACAAAUGGCUUCUCCUUCACCCCAUAACCGCGAACGCAAUGAUGAUGAGGAUGACCCAGUUGAACGGAUGAUUUCAAGGACUGGCUGUGCAGAGCUUCAUUAUGCUGUGCAGGAGUGUAUGGCUGAACACCAGGACUGGCGAGUGUGCCAGAGUCAAGUCCAGACCUUUAAAGACUGCAUGAUUAAUUUCCAAAAUGCUCAAAAACAACUCUUGAUGAAGCGUCUCUCUCCAGCUCCAGAGUCUACAGCCAGCUGAACCCAGCAGACCCUGCCAUGUGUAGUUCAAUUAAAGAAACAUGCCAAUCAUGCCAAAAUUCCAUGAAGAAUUCCCACAGUGGAAAGAUGUCCAUGACAAAAUCAAUUUCUGGGUCAAUAUCACAACCUGGUGUUUAUUUUUGUUUUGUGGAAAAUAAUGUACAAAAAUUGCUAAAAAAAAACAGUUUCUAUCAAACUUUACAGAAAUAGGAUGUCCUGUAUGUGUUUUGUGUCUUUGUUUAACUUUGUGAGGAGGAUACUUGCAUAGGUCAAAAAUCCUUAGAACAUAAUAAAUGUUUUUUUCUCUUCUCUUUUUUAAUAAAAAAGAGGACCGUGGGAUGGUAGACAAUAUUAAUCACGUGGAUAAAAGUCGAAUUGUUAUAUUCAAACAGAGCAGCAGUUGAGAAUGUCAACUGAAUUUGUGAAAUGAAAAUAAAAUGUUUAAAUAAAGUUGAAUGACAAUGAGA